AUGCCCCUCCCUGCCGGGCAGGCUGGAGGGCGACAGCCCCCUCUGCUGUUCCAUCGGGAAGGUGUCCCCACCCCCCACCCCAGGGUCCUAGGACCCCCAUCCUGCAGCCCCCGAGGUGUGGGCGGGCGGGUGCCCCUGUCUGACCUCAUGUCCAGCCUCCAGGACUGGGCCAGCGCCCAGAUGGGCCCAGUUUCCUCCGCUGUCACCCAGCUGCACUUCCUGCGCGCUCGCGGGGUGCGGACCGGCGGGCAGCGGAGGCUCCCACAGGCGGCGCCCUCCGGCUUCCCCGGGACAGGGAGGAAGCGCUGGGCCUGCCGGCCGCACCCCCACACCCCUCCUUCCUCUGGCCCGCCGCCCGGCUGGGGGUCCGCUUGGCUCGGGGCCCUGGCAGAUGGGCAGCGGGAGGCCGCGCCCCAGCUGAGCCCGCAGGCCCAGACCCUCCGCGUAGACCCCGCCAUGGCCAGGGCCCGGCCGCCGGCCUUUGUCCUGGAUAUGCCCAAGACCCCAGAGGAGCAGGGCUUGCAGGAGCCCAGCCCCCAGGACGAGAGUGAGCUGCACGCCUCCUUCCACCAGCUCAUCCGGGAGCAGAGCCAGCGCGUGGCCGAGGAGCGGCUGGAGCUGCACGCC